UUCCUACAUGUGUAUAAAUAGAGACGAUCUUCACAUCUUUAAACAUCUAUCUGCUCAUUUCCUCACAAGAACAAAGAGAGAGUUUAAACUUACCUUAUAAUCAUAAAUUACUCAGUGGAAAUAGAGACUGAGGUUAAUGGUUUCUCGACAAAAAGGAACCCUCUACUCCAGAAAGAGGGAUUUUACAAUCUAUGAGGAAGAGUUUCACAAUUUAUUCAAGAAGAGCAAACAAGAAGAUCCACCACAGGGCAAACUUCAGAGCACUAAGUUCAAUGAAGGACCAAAAUCAGAGAGUAUGAGAUCAAUUACCUUAGAUUUUGAACUUCAUCUCAACACCUCUCUACCUUCAGAUCGGCAGAAACCUAUGGAGGCUGAGGGAUAUUCGAGAGCAUCUGAGGAUCAUAGUACAUACCCCAAAGAUCCGGUGAUGGUCGGACGUCCUAAGAUGAGCUUAGACCUUGAGUUGAACCUUUCACCUUCUUACUCACCUUCAAUAACCACAACGGAGAUAGAUGAAUCCUCAGAUCACCAAGAGACCGCGUCACCACCAAAGGGUAAAAAAUUGACAAGCCCGAGCAUGAAGACAACAACAAGUGGGACAAGGUUAAACCGAUCACUGUCUUGGCUUGCUUUUGAAGGCGGUGAUGAUGAUCACAAGGAACAAGAGAUGGUAACAAAAGUAUGCAUGAAAUGCCACAUGCUGGUUAUGCUAUGCACAUCAACUCCUGUUUGUCCUAACUGCAAAUUCAUGCACCCACAUGAUCACAGCUCUACAAAACUGUUUAAACCAUCAAAUUUGCUGAGGCUUCUGUGCUAGGCUCUUCAGUGGGUUAAUGGAUCAAAGAUAUUAUUAUUUUUUUUUUUGAAGGAAUAAUAUAAGGUAGAGACUAGAUAAGGACAAAGUUAUGUAUAUACACAACAAGUACCAAACAUUUUUACUAUCAUGCUUCGUAUGAAGGAUAUUAAAUCUCUUUGUUCAUA